AUGAGUGGAAGAAAACCUGCUGUGGCACCAACUAAGGUGAUAGAAGUUGUAUUACAAUUUAAGGACCGAAUCGUGCGAAUUGAUGAAAACGAUGAAAAAAAAAUCGUGUUUGCUAGUAAUUGCGUUUGGAAUGAAAUAAGUGAACAGCUUGAUAACCGUAUGUCUGGAAAGGCUAUAUACACAUUUGUGUUUGAAGGAAGAUACUCUGUUAAGGAAAAACUAGGAUUUUCUACUCCAAAAUCUAUUUCAGAAAUAAAUAUACCACGUCAAGUCUCAAAUGAAGCAAUAAAUGAUAUUACUAGCAGCGAUAGUAGCGACCAGUCUGAAAUGCCAUCAAAAAAGUUUGUUUUUACUUUUUCGGUAGAUGAAUGGAAAACAAUUCAGCCACAAGAAAUGAAUUAUAAAAUGAUUGACAAAACAAGACCUAUGCAAAACACCAGAUUGUAUUAUGUUUUGCCAAAAUCUAAUUGGACUCCUAUUAUGGCUGAACAUUUUUGGGAACAUACUAGUUUACCAUGUUGUUUGUCGUUCAAAAGAGCAAAAGUAACUCCUGAUGGUUAUAACUACGUAGUAGUUGUUGCACGAUGCACUGUCUGCAAAUCACAUUUUAAAGGAACUAUAGCUGAAAGACCAUCAGACAAUUCUAGAGUGCUAAUGAACUGUAUUUACACUGGUAAUUAUAACGAUGAACAUAAAAUUUCACGAAAGCGACGAUUGUUAGGACCUACGAUAAGUAAAUACACAACAUCCGUUGUUAAGGAAGGCAUAUCAUGUGAAACCACUAGGGAACGAGAAGCUGCUCGUUUAAUGAAAAUGGGUGAUUGUGAACCACCUAUCAUUCCAAGUGGAAAUUCCUUGCGGGCUUUAAAGUGUAGAAAAUUAGCAUCUGAAAGACGUCAUGUAGAUACUUUAACAUCCCUAGUUCUCAUGGCAAAAGAAGAGGAAUAUAAUAAUAUUUUACAUGAUAUUGGAUGUAAUCCAUUUUUUGUGCAUUACUUCUGUUCUAAACAAAUUAACAUUUACAGACAAUAUUGCCGCAGUGUAAGAUAUCCAAAGCUAGUAAUUGAUGCGACCGGUUCAGUAGUGAAACCGUUUAAAAAAUUGAAUGCUGUGAAAACUAAUUCUAUUUUUUUAUACGAAGGUCUUGUUUAUGACGAUAAAAAAAAAUAUAGUUUUACAGCUACAAAUAUGCUGAGCGAACGACAUACGAGCGUUGCAAUUUCUAAUUGGCUUUUUAAUUGGUUAAGCAGUGAUAUACCUAUUCCAAAACAAACAGUGUGUGAUCAAUCUUUAGCCCUUUUAUCCGCCAUUGUAAAAUGUUUUACACAGUACUCGACCCUCCAAGAUUAUGUUAGAGCAUGUGCAAGUCUACUACAUGGAGAUGUUCCAUUGAAAUCUCAUUGGGUUCCCAGAUGCUUUGUUCGAGUAGAUAUUGCACAUUUUAUAAAGACUAUUAGCAAAUGGAUACCAUUAAAAUCUGUUGCACGAAGAGUUCGAGAAGUAAUUCUUCGAGCAAUGGGAUUUUUAAUUCAAAGUCAGUCACUGAUAGAAAUGCGAUCGAUUUUUCUAUCAUUGUUUGUAGUCUUUACAAAUGAAACCGACGGCACUGAUAUUCAUGGCGAAGACACUCCAUGUGAAAAACAUCGACAAAAUUUGAUUUCAGCUACAUCAUUGGGUUUUAUUGAUUUUCAAACUCAGUUUGAUGAAUUAAUCGCCAUGAUAGAAUGUGAGGAUGAUGCAAGACAAAUCAUCGAAGAUGAAUACGAACGGCAGAAUGAAGGGCUGGAGUUAUUUGAAAAUCCAUUUCAAUCAUGGACUAAUGAAAUUUACAAUGAAAGUAAAAUGCUCAUUAAAGAAGGAACCGGAAUUAACCCAUUAUAUUUACCAAAUUUAGUUCCACAUUUAAUAAAAUGUACCAAGCUAUUACCAUUAUGGUCGGGAGUUAUGGUACCAAUUUUUGGUUAUGGAGAAGAGGUAUCAAGCUCAGCAGCUGUUGAGUCGAGUUUUAAAAAACUUAAGACCGUGACAUUAAAACACGUAGACUUGCCAACAAACUUAGAAAGAUUUUUAGAGAAUCAUAUAAUGUCUCUAAAAAGCUCAUCUAUGUUGCGAGCAGCUAAAUAUCACACACCGGUAUCAUCUCCAAAUGAUGAAGAAAACCACGAAGAGUUAAUUUCACACCCAGAAUUAGAAGUAACAGCAGAAUAUGCAACUCUAAGUAAAAUACCGACGCAAUCUCUAGUUUCAAUAAGAUGUAAUGAUGACGAAGACCAUGCCAUAUAUCGUCACCAUAAGUCGUCUUCUGAUGAAGAAGAAUUAGUAGACUAUAAUUCUGAUGAUAUGUUAUAUAUUCCAAAAAGCAAAUGUUCAUUAUGCAGUACAGGAAAUCCUCCAAAAGUUGGUGCAAAUAAAUGUUCUAAUUGUAAAAAACUGGUACAUACCUUUUCAACAUGUUCAGUUGAAAAGCCAGGAACACAAGAUGAUCGUUUAUGUAUGGUGUGCUCUUUAUUAGAAGAAGAUAACAUAAGGACUGAAAAUAAUGCUCAAGAAAAAUGGAAUCGAAAAAAUAAGAAGCAGAGAAAAAACAAUUCCUAUCUAACUCCAAAUCCCCAUUUAAGAUAUUUGACCCUGACCAAGUCAAAUAGUAAGAGAACACUGCCAGUGUUAAAAAAUGGAUCAAGGUUUGAAGAACUGAAAGGAUGCAGAACAAAUGCAUUUGAAGGGAGAGUUAUAUUUAAUAACACGUGCGCAUUUGACUCAUUGGCGUCACUUAUCAUGGUAUCAUAUUGUGACAGUCAAAAAUAUUCAGAAAUGUUGGAUAUUUCUGAAAAAUCAGAUUUUAUAAACUUUAUUUGUAAAAUUUUGAAUUCUGGGAUAACAUCUGCAUCAUAUUCACAUAGAGCUGAUUUAAUUAUAAACAAUUUGACUGUUGAAAUAAAAGAAAUGGAAUAUGCCACUACAUUAGUUGUAUGUGCAUCUACUAUUGGCCAUGUAAUUGACUCUUUGAUGGAGAAGUAUCCAUCAGCAAAAGAAAUUUCUAACUGUCCAGUGCGUUCAGAAAAAGACUUUUUAAUUUGUGGCCAUAAUGAUUGCAAAGGUCUUAAGACAGUCACUACUGACAUUUCGGAAAUGCAUAUAUUUAUUGAUAUUCUUAUUUGGGAAGGUGAAGAAGCCAUUUCCAGCCAACGCAGUAGUGAGGCAGCAACCAUUUUUAAGAUAAAGCUGUGUGACAUACCGGAAUUAAUAACAGUAAAAUCCACAGUAUAUGAACUAAGAGGUGCUUUAGCUUUUCAACGCCCUAAAAGUUCGUUGAGAAAUUCUGUUGGGCACUAUACAGCAUACACAAAAAGAGGAUCUAAAAAUUGGGAGCUUUAUGAUGACCUCAAGAAACUUCCUGUCCAAGUGAAAGAGCAGACAAUAGUUCCGGUCGAAUUUUUGUUUUAUUCUGUUUAA